AGCAUCUGCACUCGAGGCAGGUGAAAAUGCUUCUGAGGUCCUCACUCCUCAUCUUGGCUUGGGCCUGGGUUAGCUUUCAAAAGAGAAGCCAGGGACAACUAAGCAUGCUCUGCCGCUGCUCCUCCUUCCCUGGGACCUGCCCCUGAUGUCACAACUGGGUAACUAUGACAACCCAUCAUAGGGACAGCAAAGUACCUCACAGAGAAGCCUCGCUGCCUCACUGCUGAAGAAGUGAGACUAGGAAGAGAAGAUGAAUUCUUCCCUGGAGUAUCUAGCCUACCCUGUAAUCGUCUCUAAUCAUAGGCAGAGCACAGACUUCAGGAAGAAACUGGACUUUGGCCAUUACAUAUCUCACAAGAAUAGGAUACAAAUAGUGAAACCUACUGUUGAUACCAAACCUCCAGUGGCACAAACACAUCAAAUUUUAAAACUGGGCAAACUACAGGGUGAACAAAAGAGAAUCAACAAAAUCGAGUAUGAAAACAAGAAACUGUGUCAGAAGAUCGCGAACGCCCAUCGCGGCCCUGCCAAGGUGGAUUGCUGGAACGAGUACUUGUCCAAGAGCUUAAACAGAGAAACAAGGAACCGGGACCUAGUGAGAAUCACCGUGGAAAACCAGGGCAUUCUGAAGAGGCUCGAUGAUCGCAAACCAAACUAUGACCGCAAGGUGUCAGAGAUGGCCUGGCAGAAUUCAAGACGUUAUAUGAGAAAUACAACCAAGUAUCUUCUCUGCCAAGAUGAAUAGGUUACUCACCACCGAGCAGAGACAAGAGAAGGCCCUAGGAUUUCUGAGCUGCUAAGACUCUCCAGACACGCCUACGUGGCUGAAUGCUCAAUCUUAGGGAUGCUACAAUAAAGCUUGAAACACAAAA